AUGAUGAAGGAAAAAAAUGCAAGUUCUGGUUACUUUGUUCUACUGGGUUUUUCUAAUUGGCCUCAACUUGAGUUAGUUCUCUUUGUGGUUAUCUUGAUGUUCUACUUGAUGACAUUGAUAGGCAACCUGUUCAUCAUUAUCUUGUCAUACUUGGACUCCCAUCUCCACACACCCAUGUACUUCUUCCUCUCAAACCUCUCUUUUCUGGAUCUCUGCUAUACCACGAGCUCUAUCCCCCAGUUGCUGGUCAACCUCUGGGGCCCAGAGAAAACCAUCUCUUAUGCCGGUUGCAUGAUCCAACUCUAUUUUGUCCUUGCACUGGGAACUGCUGAAUGUGUGCUACUGGUGGUGAUGUCCUAUGACCGUUAUGUAGCUGUAUGUAGACCCUUGCAUUACACUGUCCUCAUGCACCCUCGUUUCUGCCAUCUGUUGGCUGUGGCUUGUUGGAUAAGUGGCUUUACCACCUCAGCACUUCAUUCCUCAUUUACUUUCUGGGUACCCCUGUGUGGACAUCGCCAAGUGGACCAUUUCUUCUGUGAAGUUCCAGCACUGCUGCAAUUAUCGUGCAUUGAUACCCAUGCUAAUGAGCUGACCCUCAUGGUCAUGAGCGCUGUUUUUGUGAUUAUACCGCUUAUUCUUAUUCUCAGCUCCUAUGGUGCCAUUGCCUGGGCAAUGCUGAGGAUGCAGUCAACAACUGGAUUUCAGAAAGUCUUUAGGACAUGUGGAACCCAUCUUAUGGUUGUGUCCCUCUUUUUCAUUCCAGUCAUGUGCAUAUACCUCCAGCCACCAUCAGGAAAUUCUCAAGAUCAAGGCAAGUUCAUUGCCCUCUUUUAUACUGUUGUCACACCUAGCCUCAACCCUCUAAUCUACACCCUCAGAAACAAAGAUGUUAAAGGGGCUGUAAAAAGAUUAUUGGGGUGGGAUAGGGAGAUGUGA